AUUAAACAAAUCUAUAUAGCAGUGUUCUACAUUACUGGAUUGUAGUUAUAACAGUCAAGUGAAUCCAACAAAUUCAAUGGAGAAGUUGACUGAAGAAUUGGCCAGUUCUUUGAUAGAUGACUUGAGACUUGAUGGAGAUUUGGACUGUAUGCUGUCAGAUUUUCCUUCUCGUGGCAUUAAUCAUGAAUUCGCGUUAAUGAUUGACAAGAAGUUAAUACCUGAGUGUGAUACAGGGGAUCCGAAUCAUGCUAAGAAAUCAUGGAUAAGGUGUGCUGCCACAGCGGCUGCUUAUGUGUACAAGUCUGUUGGUGAGAGUGUAUCACAGCCAUUACGCGUAUGGUUAAGCAAUGCAGCGAGUGCAGUGAUUCUCCAUGGACUUCUUGGAGAGUUGACUACUUCAUCAACACAAGAGGAUACAGACGGAAAUGCCACGAAUGAGAGUAUAUCACUACCCGAUACAGUUGUAGAUGAUCGUUGUGAUGGUUAUUGGUAUUAUGGUAGUUGGACGGUGGAGAAUGUGGCGAGUAGCUCCGAGAUGAGAGGUGUGUUGAGAGCUGAGAUGGCGAAUGCAUGUAUCUCGGUGAUGAUUGCCUCUGUGGUCAAUUACUUUGAGGAGAAUCGUUACACACCGAGCGGGUUCAUGAAGGAUAGUUAUGCGUGGACAGUACUUGGAAGUGGUGUAAUGGAGAAAUAUGGUCUGACAGAUGAGUCGGAUAAGACCAAGGCAAUGCUGAUCACUGGUCAUUGGGUAUCGAAAUUGGUGGUUUUCGGUAUGGCUACGAAAGGCCGACAACUUAAGCACCCAAUUAGACCCGUGAAGAGGAUCGGUUACAAGCAGUCUCUUGAUCAAAUGGAUAUCAGUAAGUAUUUCGAUGAUGUCCCGGCUGGCUUCACACACACACGAAUCGCCCACGCCAUAGCCAGAAGAAUGGUUCGAUCUGUGUGCAUCCCCUACUUUGAUAAUUUUUCUGAGCUGAUUGAAUUACGACAGCUUUACUGGAAAAUAGUUGAUGAUCCAUUUCAUUAUCAUAUAGAUGGUGAGUAUUUGACUGGUUCACCGAGGACAACAAUCAGUGACACAGGGAGCAAGUUGUUUGGUCGACUCAUCACUUAUCUUAGCAUCUUUGAACCGAGAAGCGAACUGCUGCUUUAUCCUCAAUUGUGUAUGAAUGGAGAAACACGUGAGAAGCACUACUUUGAUUACAGUCGUCAUUGGGAAGAUAUUUUGAAGGUGAUUUUUGAUGAGAUAUAUAUGCCAAGCGGACAUUAUUUACCGGAUGUUCUGAAAAGUAAUUUAAAAAUUGAUGACGAAUUUCCACCUAAUGAUGAGGAGCUGGAAUCAUGUUGGUCGGAAUAUGACGUUGAUGACACUAUUCGUCAGUGGAUUCGUCUUUAUUUUAGGACUGAAUUACAGAUGUAGGUCUUCGAGAUUGGAACUAUAACGUGUAGCAAUUAACUUUCAAAAUAUUGUUAAACUGCAAUUUUACCACUUUGAAUAAAUGUUCACUAG